AUGGCUGACAUUGAACAAGCCCCUCAGCAAACGGAGACGGCGGUCGAGAAGGAGAGAGAUGGAAAUGAGGCAUUCCUCGUGACUUUCAGUCCAGAUGACCCGGAAAACCCCCAGAAUUGGUCGAAGAAAACCAAAUGGGGCGUCACGGCAGCCUUGACUGCAACAGGCUUCAACCGUAUCAUGCUCUCAACCAUAAUGGCAUCCGCAAUUAACACCAUCGCAAUCGAUCUUAAUAUGACCAACCUCGACCGAUUAUUCAUUACCAACGUCUGGGUCUUGAUCUGGAAUCUUAUUUGCGGGUUUGCCAACUCUAAGGGUCUGCUCCUCGCCUCCCGCCUUCUGGCCGGUUUUGGUGCCAGCGCAGUAUACGCCCUUGGAUACGGUGUCUUGGGUGAUGUCUGGCCCCCCGAACAGAGGGGACGAUCGCUUGGUAUCUACCUCCUGGUGCCACUCCUCGGUGCGGCCUUCGGCCCGAUCCUUGGAGGCUUGCAAGCAAUCCUCGCGGUAGCCUCGAUCCCCUUCGUUAUUGAGACAUAUGCACCCCUUCUCCUUCACAGAAAAGCGGAGAGCUUGCGUAAGAACACGGCCGAUCCUCGGUACUACGCCGAGAUUGAGACGCGCGAAGAAGGCCGCUCAGCCGCCUGGAAGCUGCAAAACAGUCUUUCGAGGCCUCUCCGACUAUUAAUGUUCCAUCCUAUUGUGCAGAUCCAAGCCAUUCUGGGCGCCAUCAACUAUGGACUGCUAUAUUUUGCCCUUUCCAGCUUUUCCAGUCUUUUUGUUUCAGCCUAUGGCGAACCAGUUUCCAUAUCUGGUUUUCACUACAUUGCCCUAUGUUUGGGUGAGGUUGCUGGUGCCCAGAUUUGCGGUCCUUCGAUGGACUACACUUACCGCAAGCUAACGGCCCGAGCGGGCGGCAACUCCUCCCCCGAGUUACGCAUACCGUUAAUGGUACCUGGUGCAAUCCUGACGCCGAUAGGUCUCCUGCUCUAUGGCUGGGCCGCUCAAUACAAUAUGUUCUGGCUGGUUGUGGACCUCGGUGCUGCCGUCUUGUCUCUAGGUAUGCAGGUCUUCGGCACGACGCUUCAAGCAUACGUGAUGGACUCGUACCCCGAACAUGUUAGCUCCGCGUCGGCUGCCACGCAGUUUUUGCGUAGUUUAACUGCUUUCGCCUUCCCGCUCUUCGCUCCCAGAAUGUAUGAGACACUAGGAUACGGUUGGGGGAACAGUAUGCUGGCUUUCCUAUCCAUUGGAAUAGGCCUACCGUCGACUGGGUUGCUUUGGCGAUGUGGUGCUAAACUACGAGCCAAAAAACAGUCUAGCUACUAG